CCCGACCGUUGCUGCUCCCACGACCAACCAACGAACAGCUCCCAACCACCACCACAACACUGACUCACACACACACUGACGAAUCGCCACACACGCCGUUGAACCACCCAACCGUUGUUUGCCCUCUUUGCACGCACGCAUGCGAGUCACUUGGGCGACCAAUCAACCAACCCACCAACCAACCACCACAACCAACCAACACAACCAACCAACCAACCAACCAACACUCAAUAGCCAACCAAGCUGCACCAGCCCUCGACAGGCGCACCUGCCGUCAUCGCCUUCCAAGCGGCUUGCAGCCCAUUGUGUUUGAGCCAGUCAGUCACACACGCGAUUCCCUCUGACUGCGCGUUGGUGCAGCUACCAAUCAUCCAUUCCUCGACAAGAGCUGACGCCCCUGACAUUGGCCUGAGCUCGCCUAUCCGUCAGGGCAAGAAACUAUCGUUUUCCAUCCAAGUCUGUGCCUGCCUUUGCGCUCCUCUGCCUUCCCAACACAGCCUACCCCUCAAUCGACCAAACCCACUUCUUCCGCUUCCCUUUCGACACGACCUCAAGCGACGAACCAGCUUCCACCUUAGGACAGACACUAGGGACACACAUCACGCUUCACUAGACGAACCAACCCCCUUUUUGUCUUUCUUUCUCCCGUAUCCCACCUUCCAUUUCCCCACAACCGACACAACAAACCGAGCAACCAUGGACACCGACCAAGCUUCACACCACGGUACCGUGCCAGAGGGGUUCUUCACCAACAUGCCAGAUGAGCUCACAUCCAACAUCCUCGCCUUUCUCGACAUGAAAGACCUCUGCCAAGUCGCUCAGACGUGUCGAAAGAUGAACGAGCUCGCAUACACACGAUCAGUCCUCUCUAAAGUCUCCUUUGAAGGAUUGUGGCCCACCAAGGACACGGCAGACGCAUUUGCAAGGGCUGCGGAUGCAGGCAACAACGAAGCUGCCCUCAAAUAUGGCAUUGCUUGCCUUUAUGGAAAGAGAGUGGACAGCGAUGCCACGACAGCACUCAAGUAUCUGCUGCAAGCAGAGAAGCUGUGUGCGGGCACCACCCCCUUUGUAUGGCUUCUCUUCCGCCCGCCAUGGACUAACGACACGUGCUCAAAGGCUUGUGUCUUUCAGCAAAUGCACGCCAUGGCAGAGGAUCCAAGCACAGACCCCCACCUCGCUGGCCGCAUGUAUUACUGUGUGGCGAAAACCCUCGAGCUUCACGAGGAGAGAGACGAGCGGGAGGUUGUUGAAGCGCUACAAAAGGCCGAACUGAUGCACUGCGCAGACGCCGUCCACGACCUCUUUGUCAAGGACCCGACAGCGUACAACGACGAUGAGGAGCACUCGUUUACGCGGGAGAAGCGGCUGCUGCAGGCUGCCCGCGAGUGCCCGCGCCUCCGCUUUGCCGCCAUCCGCCAUUUUACGCGCGCGCGCGAGAUGUACGAACCAAAGAAGCGCGAGCUCUUCCGUGAGACGGUUGAGCUUGGGAUGGAGAAGUUGCGGCUGCGGAGUGACGCGCCGCCGCCGGCACAGCCCGAGCUGGACAGUCAGGGCAAGAUGCGGUUUAUCCUCGUCGACUGGCUGCUGGAGGUGGCCAGCCUCAAGAUGUACUCCAUCGACACGCUGCACUGCGCCGUGGACAUGGUGGACCGGUACCUUGCCACACGCACCAUCACCCGCCGCACACUGCAGCUGCUCGGCAUCACGUGCAUGGUCAUUGCCGCGCGCUUCCUCGAGCAGGACGUCGUCACCAUUCGCGAGGCGGCCUGGCUGACGGAGAACACGUACGACUACGAGGACGUGGUGCAGAUGGUUGCUGCGGUCCUCGCUGUUGCUGAUGGCCACGUGCGCCGGCCGUCGCCAAACGACUACAUCACCAUCUUUGCAGAGCUCUCAAACGUCCCGGUGCACAUUCGCUGCUUCAUGGACUACGUGUCUGAGUCGUGCCUGCUGCACCAGCCCACGCUGACCCACGCCCCCGCGGCCCUGGGCGCCGCCAUCUACUUUGUCUCCAUGCACCUUGUUGGCUGCAAGUCUGCAUGGCCGUCAAGCCUCACCAGCAACUCGGACCUCCGCGUGAGCCACUUUCAGGAGGAGAUUAUGGAGGUGUUUCGCUGCCUGUUUGUGCGAGAGAAGAUCACCGACCACCGCGGCCUGGAGCUGCGUGCUGUUGAGGACAGAUACACGCGCGCCCUGGAGCGGGGCAACAUGCUGCACCUCCGGUUCACGCUCGAGUCACAGACGUCCGACAACCUGCAGAAGACCAUCGACCGACACAUUAUGGAGGAGCGUCGGAUGAUUCGCAGCAGCGCCCAGACGCCAACACCGCCGCUGUCCAAGAUGACAUCGCUCCCGCUCCACGAGAUCACAAACGUUCCCGCCCGUCCGCCAAAGCCACAGUUCUCCCCGUAACCCACGCCCACAGUGGUGCCUUCUUCCCCUCCCCCGUUGACUUCGUUUUUUUUGGGGGGGGGGGGCGGAAGAGGGAGAGAACUUGCUGGCGUGAUUU